AUGGCUCAUAUUACGAACAAGAGCAAGAGCAAGCACAGCCCCUUAAAGUCAGGAGUCAACGCCAUCCCGCUCUUCCUGAGGACAAUGUCCCUAAAGGCCUUCACCGGGAAAUUCUUCCCGACCCCACUACCAGCAGCCAAUGCCUUCGCCGGCCAGAAGGUCCUCGUGACAGGCGGCACGGCCGGUCUUGGCCUCGCCGCCGCCAUACACUUCCUCAACCUCGGUGCUGAGGAGGUUGUCAUCACAGCCAGGAGCGCCUCGUCCCCGCGCGCUGAGGGCGCAAGGCAGAAGAUCCUCGCCGCCGCCGCCGCCGGGCACGGCUCUGCGAAGGGCGCGGCGGGCAAGGUCAGCAUCAUGGAGCUGGACAUGAACAGCUACGCCUCGUGCGUGGCCUUCGUCGAGGCCGUCAAGGGCCGCUUCGGCGCCGGCGGCGGGCCCGACGUGAUCGUCUUUAAUGCGGGCGUCACCAACUCGCAGUUCCGGAGGAGUCCGGAGGGCAUGGAGGAGAUUAUCCAGGUAAACGCGCUCAGCACAAGUCUCCUCCCACUCCUGCUUGUCCCUUGGAUGAAGCAGCAGCGAGGCCAGAGGAGUACUCCCGCGCGUGUGGUCUUCGUCAGCUCAGGCCUGCACAUGUCCGUCGAUAUCAAGCCUUGGUCCACCUAUGCCGAGAAGGAGGGCGGCGUGCUAGCGCACUACUCCAAGGAGGAGAACUUUGAGGCCGGACUGACGGGCCCCAUGUACAACUACUCCAAGCUGCUGCUGAUGUACGCGCUUGAGGAGGUUUCCAAGAUGGCCUUGGACCAGAAUGGCGAGCCGCAGGUCAUCUUGACCAGCGUGUGCCCCGGCGCCGUCAAGACCGAGCUCUCUCGGUCGAUGCAGGAGAACUCGUUUGUCGCCAGGAUAGCCGCGCCGAUCUUUAUGAACUUGGUUGGGAAAUCACCCGACUAUGGCGCGCGAAUCUACCUCACUGGUGCGCUCGCCGGGCCAAAAGACCAUGGAAAGUUCCUGCGAUAUUACCUCACAGACUCGCAGUACGCCAGCCGAUCUGCACCGGUGCUGACGAGCAAGGAGGCCCGGUUGAUGCAGGCCGAAGUCUGGAAGGAGAUUCGUGAAGCGCUGUCGAUAAAGGUUCCCGCCGCGAGAGAGGCUCUAUGA